ACAUUACUUGAUUCAGAUAUCAUUUUGUGGAUUCUUUUUAAGAAAGAAGAACACAGAGAAAUUGAGAACAAAUCACACAAAUGGCAGAUAAUGUUGCUUUGAGUGUAGGAGGAAAGAUCGCAGAGUGGUUGUUUGAGCCAAUUCAACGAGAACUUGGCUAUCUCUUCUGUUUCAACGGUAACUUUCAAGAGCUGGAAGCUAAACUCGGUGAACUAAGAGCCAAAAGAAACGAUGUACAAAGAAUGGAAGAUGCAAAAAAGUUAGAGGGGAAAACUCUGGGUGAUAGCGUCCAGUUAUGGAUUGGGGAAGCAAAUGGAAAAAUUACCGAAGCAGAUAACGUUGUCGAUAAGAAGGCCGAGGUUCAAAAGGGGUGUUUCUCCAUCAAAUGGUGUCCUAAUAUAAGCUUGCGCUUUUCUUUGGGCAGGAAGGGGAAGAAGUUAUCUCUAGUUCUCGUCCAGCUUCUUAGACGUGCUGAUAAGUUGCCGAGCGAAGGUUAUGACUUGCCCGUGCAGGCCAUAAACUUGAGAAAGUACAACGACAAUGAUUUGGAGUUCGAGAGUCGAAAUAAGAUUAAGGAAGACAUCAUUGAGAAGUUACUGGACGAAAAGACAAUGUUAAUAGGAAUAUGCGGAAUGGGAGGCGUUGGAAAGACCACUCUCGCCAAACAAGUCCUUCAAAAGGUACACGACUCUCAUAAACAUUUAUUUCCAAUUCAAGUUAUCUGCACUGUCUCGAAUAGUCCAAAUUUCCAUGAUAUCCAAGAAGAAGUCGCACAGAUGUUAGGGUUUUCGCUUAAGGGGGUAGAGGGUAAUCCUUUAAGAGCAACACGUUUACAAAACGCUUUCAGUAACAAGAAAGUUGUCGUAUUAUUGGAUGAUGUUUGGAAAAGGUUUGAUUUAAAUGAUUUUGGUUUUCCGUUUACAAAAUCAGAUGUUGGGUGUUGCUGUAAAAUCAUUUACACAUCUAGAGACGAAAAUUUAUGGUCAGAUCUGUUUCAUGAAAUCUUCUCUAUUGAAAUAUUAUUACGUGAAGAAGCCUUGAAUUUGUUUACAACAAAAGUCAAUCUGUCUAGUGAUGACGAUGAUUUCCGUCAGAAGGAUAAAAUAGCGAGGGAAAUUGUUGAUAAAUGUAAAGGACUUCCCCUUGCGCUUAACACAGCAGGAGGUGCUCUCAUAAAUAAAGCCACACAUCAAUGGGUUCAUAUGCUAAACCGGUUGAAGAACCACAACGAACAGGAUAGUUUUGUACAUGAAGUCUUGAAGGCGAGUUAUGACUUCUUAGAAAAACCCAAUGAAAAGUUCGUGUUCUUACUAUGCUGCUUAUUCCGAGAAGACGCAUAUAUUCCUGUUGAGACGUUGUACCGUUAUGCGGUGGGUUUGCAACUCUUUGAAAAUACGACGGACACAGAAGAAAUAAGUGUUGGCGUGCACACUAUCGUUGACGACUUAAUAAUAAAAAGUUUGCUGAUAAAGGUUAAAGACCACGACGACGAUUACGAUGACGGAUAUCGUGUGGUGAAGAUACAUGAUGUGGUGAGAGACGUGGGAAUUUCAAUUGGAAAACAAGAACACCGUUUUAUUUCCUCACGGUUAUGGAAGAAUGGUCUAGAAGUCCUUGAUAAGAUGGAAUUUCAAGGAGGCUCAAAAAUGGAACUACUACGGUUGGAUCAUAGUUCAAGUUCUUACGAAACAAAUAUUAAGAUAUCAGAAAAUUUAUUUAAAGAGGCGGAUAAUCUCAAAGUUCUAGAUAUAGAUAUAGUAAGUCUUGUUUGGUACAAGAUUAGUGAGUUUCCAUUAUUUUCUUCAAAGUUGAAGAUGUUAUCCCUAAAGGGAUUGCGUUUAGAUAUGUCAACCUAUAUAUAUUCAAUUGGACAUAUUAAGUAUUUGGAGAUUCUUUCUCUUCGAAACUCAUACCUAGAAGUUUUGCCAAACGAAAUAAGUGAGUUAACAAACUUAAGAUUGUUGGAUUUGAAUGGAUGCGGGUGUUUCAUAAGCUAUGGUGUUCUUUCGAGACUUACUAAUCUACAAGAAUUGUACAUGUGGUGUUGUUUCAAAGAUUGGAGUCUACAAAAAGAAGACGUGAAUAGUGGAGACAGAAAUGCAGCAGGACUUCAUGAGUUAAAUUGCUUACAUAAAUUGUGGAGAUUGGAAUUAGAGAUACAGAACAUUGAACAAGUGUCGAGAGGUGUUAGACUAUUUUCUUCUUCAACGUUGUUAAAACAAUUCAAGAUAGGAAUAGGAAGAAAAAGAAAUAUUGGGAUUGAAAAUGGAAAAAGACUACUGAUAUUGGAAAAUGUUAAAGAUAAUAGCAGUUUCUUACCUGAACUUGAGUUCUUACUAGAAAAGGACAUAACUGAUUUAUAUAUAUGCGCUGAUUCUUGCAUGUGGGAGAAGAUGGAUACAAAAAAAUUCCAUUCAUUGAAGAAUAUUGUGCUUAAACAAUGUGGAUCUCUUUUUCCACAGUCGACGUCAUCUAUGCAGACUUCUGAAUUUGGGCGUUGUUUGCGGCGUAUUGAACUAUAUGAAUGCAAUGAAAUGACACACUUAUGUUCUACAUCAAUAUUAAGGAAUCUCACGAAUCUUCAAACUCUUGUUCUCAAAAAAUGUGAAAUGAAGGAAGUUGUUAAGUUUUGCGAUGAUACAGAACAACUCGAUAAAAUUGAGUUCAAUACUUUGAAAACUCUUGAACUUUGUGACUUGUCUAGGCUGAAAUAUUUUUGCAAAGGAGUGAACGAGAUUCAUUUCUAUAAACUGAAAACAUUGGAGCUAGAAGGAUUGAAGCAAUUUAUCUUCCCAACUAAGUUGGAAAUACCUUGUCUGGAAGAGCUGAGUAUGAUAUCUAUUCCAAAUAUUGAAACUUUGUGCUUUCCACCAUCACUGCAAAGAUUGAAUAUUGAUAAUUGUGACAAGUUUCAAUAUUUUGACUUAUCUGGUAGCUUGGUAACCAAGGUUAUUUCUAAUCUUAGAGAUGUAAGAAUUGAAAAUUGUAAAAUGUUGAAAGGAGUAGUAGGAGUAACAACGAGUGCAGGGGGACUACAACAGAGAAAAUCAAUUGAAUUCCCUAAUUUGGAUAGAUUGGACCUUCGAUCCUUGGACGGACUCACGGGUUUUGUCAUUAACGUCAACAAUUUGGGUGACAAAGAAGAAAAGUCGCAAAAUGCUUUAUUUUAUCACGAUGGUUAUCAGGUCUCAUUUCCUUCCUUAGAAGAGUUGAGAAUACAUGAAUUGCCGAAGAUAAAUUAUAUAAUAGGAAGGAAAUGUGAUCAAGUAGGAGGACAACACGGUGAUAUUGAGGAAGACUGUGACAGGGAAAUUCAACAACCCAUAUUAUUAUUAUUAUUCCCUAAUUUGAAGAUAUUGGUGCUUGAUGAUUUAGAGGAACUCUUGAGUUUUGUUGGAGUGAUGAACAACAGUAUGGACAACAAUUGCAAAAAUCAAAAUACACUCUUUCAUCUUGAUGAGGUGUCAUUUCCUUCCUUGCUAGAGUUGAGAAUAGAAGAAUUGCCAAAGAUAAAUUAUAUAUUAGGACAGAGAGACGAAGGUAGAAAGGGACGGGAACAUCAUCCUGAUAUUGAAGAAGUAUAUAAGAUAUUUCCUGUAUUAAGUGAAUUGGAUUUGUCUAGUUUAAGCAAUUUAAUACAUGUGUAUGAAAUCAACCAGCCAGGACUAGGAGUGCUUUUAUUUCAAAACUUGACAAAAUUGACAAUCUUUGGUGGUGGGAAAUUGAGAUAUUUGUUUUCGGAGAAUAUAGGUAGAGUCGCUGCCAAGAACCUUGAGAGGCUAUCUAUCUAUAAUUGUGGAAUGAUGGAAGUGGUGAUGAAGAAUAUUAUUGAGGAUGAUGAUGAUGAUAAGGUUUGA